AUGGACGUUACCGUGGAAGACUUUUGCGAAGAAACCAACUUUCCCGAAUCGCCUUGUCCGAGCCCGUUCGAUCCGGCCAAGCUGCUCAACAUUGGGUUUCUGCAGAUUAAUGGCCGCUUCACGCCCCAUUCCGGACCAUCGUCCGUAUGCUCAACGAGGAGCUGCAGUCUUGCGACCACACCCGUACCACCGGAUUCUAGCGAACCGGAACAGGAGGAAGGUGGCGAUGGGGUGACGAGCACCAACCCGCCGAAUCCGCGCAAAUGGUCCCUGCCGCAUCUGCCCACCGAGGCGACCAAGUUUGAAAUAAGUGGCCGUGCGACGCCCGUUUUCACCUGGAACCCGAUGCCCACGUCCAGCAAUGUGAUCUACGCACUGAGUGACAAAAGUCAGCAGAUCGUCUUUUCACAGCUUGAACAAGAAGCGGGAACCGAAACGAGCGUAUCGGAGGUGUCGAGUGUUGCAUCAGAUUCGGAGGCAGAGCUGGAAGAGGACGAACCACUGGAAGCGAAACAAUCGGCACCGAAAGAAGAUAUGUACCCGAACUGUGAUGUGAAUGUGUGGUUACGAUCGUGCGAGCAGGAGAUCGUUGAACCGAUCGAGGGCAAAGUCCAGGGUACGAUACCGGACUGGUUAAACGGUAGUCUGUUGCGAAAUGGGCCGGGCAGCUUGAAGGUGGGCGACAUGAUGUUCAACCACCUGUUUGACAGUUCGGCACUGCUACACAGGUUUAACAUCGAUAGCAGGAAAAUAACGUAUCAGUGUCGGUUCCUUAAGUCGGACGCGUACAAGAAGAACAGUGCGGCGAGACGUAUCGUUGUGACCGAGUUUGGUACCAGUGCGGUACCGGAUCCGUGCCAAACCAUCUUCCAUAAAAUCGCUGCCGUGUUCAACAAGCCGGGCGUGAACAACUCCGACAACGCGAUGAUCUCGAUCUAUCCGUUCGGGGAUGAGUUUUUCGCAUUUACCGAAAGCCCAAUCAUCCAUCGGAUCGAUCCGGAAACGCUGGACACCGAGGCGAAGCUGAACGUGUCCGACUACGUCGGCAUCGUCAACCACACGUCCCACCCGCACGUCAUGUCCGACGGUACGGUGUACAAUCUGGGCUGCUCGGUCACCAAAACCGGGCCGGCCUACACGAUCAUAUGCUUCCCGCACGGGCCGGGCAUGUUUGAGAAUGCGCGCAUCGUUGCAUCCGUACCGGCACGCUGGAAGUUCCACCCGGGGUACAUGCACACGUUCGGCAUCACGGAGAACUACUUCGUGAUCGUGGAGCAGCCGCUGAGCGUCUCCGUGCCGACGAUGGUGGUCAGCCAGAUACGCAACCGUCCGAUGGCGGCCGCCCUCAAGUGGUUCGAAAGCCAGCAGACGUACAUCUAUCUGCUGGACCGGGAUACGGGCGAGCUGCGCCACACGUUCCACACGGAACCCUUCUUCUAUCUGCACAUCAUCAACCAGUACGAGCGCGAGGGUCACGUCGUGCUGGAUAUCUGCUGCUACAAAGAUCCUGCCAUGCUAAACUGCAUGUACGUCGACACGAUGCGCAACAUGCAGAACAAUCCGGACUACGCGAAGAUGUUCCGUGGACGUCCGUUGCGCUUUGUGCUACCGCUCCACUACGGUGCGGCACGUGCGAAGGGCAAUCUUCACCGGGGUACGUCCACCGAUUCCGCCACAUCGUGGGCGGAUAUGUGGCAAAACCUUAGCACAUUCGCGGCCGGUGAUAAUCUGCACGCGAAGGAUGCCGGUUUGGUGCUACAGAAUCUGGUCCGCAUCGAGGAUUCGAAGGCGACGGCCUACAUUAUGCCGAACCGUACCAUCUUCUGCAAACCGGAGCUGCUGUGUGAUUUGGGUUGCGAAACACCGCGCAUCUACUACGAGCGCCAUCUCGGACGUCCGUACCGGUACUUCUACGCGAUCAGUUCCGACGUGGACGCGAGCAAUCCGGGCACGCUGAUCAAGGUGGACGUGGUGACGAAGGGCCGGCUGACCUGGUGCGAGGAGAAUGUUUACCCGAGCGAGCCGAUCUUUGUGCCGGCACCGGAUCCCCAGUCGGAGGACGAUGGUGUGGUGCUGGCGGCAAUGGUUUGGGGCCGUGAGGAGGAAAACCGGGCCGGGCUGUUGGUGCUGGAUGCGAAGUCGUUUACCGAGCUCGGGCGCUGCGAGUUUGUGACGCCCGGGCCCGUACCGAAGUGUCUGCACGGUUGGUUCCAACCGUCCGCGAAGUAA